AUAUUUAUGUUCGUGUAAGUCUCCUCCCCCUUCCUAUUUCUCUUAUCUGUCUUCAGGGAUCUGUCUUCUUUUAGGCUAAGGAGCAAAAGGAAGAGAGCAACUGCAAUAUCAAUGAACUAGCCACAGAUUUAUUGUUUAAGCAUAGCAAAAUGAUAUUUUAAUAGUUAUACACAGCUCCUAUUGAAUCAUUUACCAAGGAUUUCGCUGUUUUUUCCCCCUCAAGAUUGAUGGAUUGGUUUGAUUUGUGAAAACACUGAUGUGUACAGAAUGACUUCCAACACAACACUUCUCCAUUAUGCCCACUCUGAGGUCUCAAACCAGCAUGAGAACACUACAGUGGACAUCGAAGUCAUCAUGAAUGAGGUCAGCAUUGUCUUCCUCUCCAUCAUCAUUCUCUUUGGCACCACUGGGAACUCUGUGGUCAUCUGGGUUGCCAGCUUCCGCAUGAAGCCCAGUGUCACUAAUGUGUGGUUGGUCAACCUCGCUGUAGCUGACCUGAUCUUCUGCCUGACACGAGUCCUAUCAAUCUCAAGCCUUUUCUUUGACUACUGGCCUUUUGGAGUCUUUCUCUGCAAGUUCAAUGGUUUCUUCAAGUACGCCAACAUGUUCUGCAGUGUUUUCCUUCUGGCUGUCAUCAGUGUGGAUCGAGCACUUUGCAUUUGCCGCCCAGUGUUCACCAGGAAACGACGGACGAUAUGUGCAGCUCGUGUGGUCAGUGUGGGAGUUUGGAUUGUGGCUGUGAUCUUUAGUUCACCGUUCUUUGUGUACCGGCAGGUCUACCCUGGCAAGAACAACCUGAGCCACUGCUCACUGAAGGAGAAAGGAAGAGCAGAGUAUGCUUACCACUUCAUUCGUUUCAUCUGUGGAUUCCUGUUGCCCUUCAUGGUCAUCCUUAUCAGUUACAUACUAGCUGCGGUUGGGAUACGCAGGACGCGGCUCUCUGGCAAAUCGAGGCCUCUGCGGAUUCUUGCUGUAGUGGUCAGUGCUUUUUUCCUAUGUUGGGCCCCCUACCACUUUCUAGGACUGGUCAAAUUGGUGGAUAAAAACAACAAGCUGGUAAAAGUAGGAUGGAAAAUGGCUUCAAACUUAGCCUAUUUCAACAGCUGCAUUAACCCAGUGCUGUACUUCUGCAUGGGGCUGAAGUUUAGUCAACGAUGCAACCAAAGUUUGUCUGGGAUUUGUCAUAGAGCUUUUAUGGAGGAAGGUCAAACCCAGCGGGACACUUGGGACGAAAAAUAUAAUUCCAUUCCAAACACUGCAAGCACAAGUGUAUCUAAAAACUUUUUUUAAGAGUUUAUAUUCCAAGGAAGGUCCAAUUUUUCCAUAUUGGACCUUCAUUCUCUUUGUGACGAGGUUUCAAAAAUGAAAGCUGCCACUUCCAUAGUUGAUCCUGUACCAACUAUUCUGUUCCAAUCAUGUUUUGCAAUUUUAUUAUAAAUGAUUCUCUAUGCACUGGUGUGGUCAAAACAACAUUUAAAACUGCUGCUUUGACUCCUGUACCAAAAAAAAAAAAAAAAACACAAACGUUGACAAUCUAAAUAAUUUCCGUUCCAUUUCCAAUCUUCCCUUUCUUAUGAGCCCCUUCAAUCAGGAUUCCAUAAACUACACAGCUUUGAGACUGUAUUAGUUAAGGUUACUAAUGAUUUAAUCGCUUCUGAUUCUGGCAGUCUCUCUAUUUUUGUUCUUCUUGAUCUUAGUGCCGCUUUCGACACAGUUGAUCAUAAUAUUUUACUUGCUCAGUUAGAAUCUGUUUUUGGUGUUUUGGAUACUGCACUAAGCUGGUGUAGGUCCUAUAUUUCUGAUAGAAAGCAAUUUGUUGCUAUGGGUGGUUUCAGAUCUGCUAUUGGUGUAGUCGUACAUUCUGGUGUCCCUCAAGGUUCUAUCCUGGGCCCUAUACUUUUUAACCUAUACAUUUAUCCUCUUGGUCAACUUUUAAGAUCACUUGGACUCAGUUUUCACUUUUAUGUCUAAACAGUGACAAGACGGAAGUAAUGCUCAUUGGUUUACCUCAUCAGCUACGGAAGGCUGGUUCACCCACUUUUAGUGUAGAAGGUUUUAUACUUCAAUUUCAGACUAAAUUAAAAAAAUCUGGGGGUGAUAUUUGAUAAUAAUUUGACAUGUGUUCCUCAUGUUCAGAGCACUGUCAGGACAUCUUUUUUUCAUCUCAAAAAUAUAGCCAGAUUGCGUCCCAUGUUGUCACUCCCAGUGGCUGAGAAGCUAAUUAGCAUUUUUGUUUUUUCACGUAUAGAUUACUGUAAUGCUUUGUUGUCUGGGGUUUCAAAAGCUACCCUUAACAAACUACCCUUAACAAGUGGGUACAAAAUUCUGGAAACAGGACAAGGGAUUGAUUUUUAAAAUCUUAAUGCUUACUUAUCUCAUUAUCUAACUGAACUUUUAACCUACACACCAGCAUGUUAUCUCGCAGUCUCAUCCCAAGACGUCAUAAAACUGACGUCUUGGGACGUCUUUACGUCGACAUCCGCCUUUUUA